CUAGUCCCGUCACCAUUUUGUGCCCUAAUUUGAGAGAAAAUUCCUAUUUGAAGAGAAAGAAAAAAAAGGCUCUCUCUCUCUCUCUCUCAAAACCCCUCUCAAAUCAUCCACCUCCAUCCUCUCUACAAGGCCCUUCGAUUUCCCUCAAAGCUCCUCUCCGACCCCAAUUUACAACGAUUCGGAUGUGAAGCCGAAUCCUCGGAAGCGACUCAUCAAGAAGAACACGACGGCUGAGGAGAGCACUCCUGAUUUUGGAAUCGGGGAAGAGGAUGAUGGGGAAGAAUUGGGGGAUUUUGUGAGGGGAGAGUCGGACUACGAUGAUUUCGGGGAUGGAAAGAGGAAGAAGUUUGAGAAAGAUGGUAUUGGUAGUAGGAAGAGGGACAGACAUUGAGAAACACAUGUUCACUCUCUGCCCUCCUCGCUGUCUACCCUAGCUACUCCCUCUUCAGCGCCGCCGCCGAAGACACAUGUUCACUCUAUUAUGUUUUUGUUUUUUUCAAACGAGAGUUGGUCCUAGAUUUAUUAAUUUAUUUAUUAGCUUCAAAAAUCCGAGACCGAAAUGGGAAUUCCAUCGACGAUGAGGGACGCUUGGGCAAACCGAAGAAAUUCGCCUUUGAUUGCUUCACCGGCUGAGGAUCAGAAGGUUCUGAAUUCACGCCGUUGCACUCAAGAUCAUGGGUUGCUAUUGAAUGGUGUUUCUGGAAUUUGCAGAGGGUGUUCGAGCAGGAGUGAAGGCAGCUUCCAUUGCUUGUGUUGGCAGUGCUGUGCCUACUUUGGAGUCUGCUGACCUUGUCAUCUUGGAAGAGGAGGAUGAUGCCACCAGCGUCAGUGUGGGCUCGGAGGCCCUUGAUCAGCUCCGGGUGGGGACACGGAGGGUAGUUGCUGACCUUGGUGCCGAAGGUUGAACCCUUGGAGCCAUAGAAAGCCUUCUUGAGAUCAAGCACAAAUUGACCUAGAUGCAAAGAAACUACAAAGUUAUGUGAAGGAAAAGUCCUUGAUGUCAGAAAAAGGUAUUCUUGCUGACAAGAUCAGUCCGGGUGUUCUCAGAUCUCUUGUGUCCCUAACAGACAAACCAAAAUGAGAGGUGUUUGAGGAAUUUCCAAUUCAGAACAGUGACAAAUUGAGUAUAUUUUAGAGACAGUGACUAAGGAAGCUUCAGGGAAAUGGAGAUAAUUCUCUAGGAAGUCUAUGGGACUACACAAACAUCGUAAUGAAUUUUUUCUGUGGACCCCAAACAUUGGAUAGUUGUUCCACUUUGAAUUUUGAGUGGCUCCGAUUCUUCAAUGUGGUCAUCAUUGGCAGUGCAAAACAAAGUUUUUUCCAUGAUGAAAAUCGUGCCAAUCUUUUUGAAGUUGAGCCUGCGUCUCGGAUGCUUCUUAAUACUGAUAAUGGUACUCCUAUGCCUCAGGUGGGAGGUGCUUUAAGACUACCAUUAAAGAGCCUGAAUAAGAGUUGUAAAGUGUUUCAGGAGGGCAAUGUUGGUCAUCUGCAUAAACUGCUGGGUAUAGAGUCAAGUUCACAGGUUCUUUAUGUUGGGGAUCACAUAUAUGGAGAUAUUUUACGCAGUAAAAAGGUUCUAGGAUAUACCAUGCUGCAUUUCAAAAUCCAUGUAAUUCUUAAGAAUGCGUGUCUCAGUUCACGUUCUCUGAGGAGCUGUUACUUGGAUUGCUGGCUUAGGAGAUGUUGGCUGGGGAGUUGGAGGAAUUGAAGCAGAGGCUACAAUGCUUGGCCAGGUAUUUUGAGAUAAUAAUGUAUUUUCUUUAUGAUUUUUCAUACGCUUGUGCCAGUUGUUAGUGUUUGCACUUAUUCUUUGGUAGACAGACAUGCAUGAAAUGGGUAGCUGUUUUCUCUUCUUCUUCCAAAGGUGCAAAAGAAAAUGCAGCCUCUGCUUCUCCAAAACCUGUUGUUGCUGGUAAUAGUGACUGCAAUGUAUGUAAAAGAGAGAGUAAAUUCUUGAGUUUGUUUUUAGUUAUUUAUUUAUGAGUACCUAGAAUUAUGGUUCAACAGUAAUAAUAAUAUACAUUCACAAAAAAUCAUACACAAACUGUAUUGAGAUUUUAUCAUUUUUAAAUACUGUGCUCAUUACUAACCUUCUAAUUACAAUGUCAUUGACACUGAGUUGCUAUGGCAUCUAAUUGUUAACAGGGAAGUUAUUUCCAAAAGGAUUAAGAUCAAGCAGAAAUGAUUAAUGCUCCCAUUUUGGUUUGUUGAAUUAACUUUUUAGUUUAUUCAUAUGCAUCAGCGGUUUCUGGAUUAAUUUGUAUUUUUAUUUUUCAGGCUAGAAAUUUCUUGGAGAGAUACAAAAUAUGGUCUAAGAAUUAAAGAACUUAGUUUUUUAAGGUUUUUCAUUUUUUAAUAUAUGUAAGCACAAUUAAUUUUUUUUUAUUUAAUUCCUUUGUAUA